CCUUCCAUGGGGUGUGACCAAACAAGCCCCAGUUCCAAACCUUGCACCCUUGCUAUCCAGCUCAAAGAAACCCACCUGGGGGUGUUCCCAGCAGGACACACGGUGGAACAGUCAUCAUGAGCCAUGAGCCUGCAGUAGUCAGGCUUGAGAGCCAUCUUCCUCCUGCAGUGAGCAGGAAGAAAAUACAGCCCCAGGCAAAGCAGUUGUUCUGCUUUUUCCCUUGUGGUGCCAAGAAGCCAUACUGGUGCUGGACACCAGUUACCAACACAGUUCGGAGACUUUUUCCCUUUUAACAACAGCUUGAGUUUGAAGCAGCAGCUGGAGCUGAGAAGACGUUGGCACAGGAGUGUGUCCAUGACCCAGGAGUAGCUUCAUGCCACCAGUCCUUCGGGCAUGGGUAACCUACAGUACAGACAAAAAACACGUGGACAUGAAUGCUCAGCAUACGCACAUCACUUUUGUUUCUUCUAUUUCAUUUAUUCCCACUCAGGAGAAAAGCUGUCUUGAAGCAAGAAAGCCCAAACUAGUUUGAUGCAUUACCAAAUGCAGAGAAAACAAUUUGCUUUAUGAAACAGCGGGCUGAUUUUCUGCACAAACACAUAUUUUAUCUUUAUCGUGCCUUUCGACGUGAUUGCAAUGUAACUGAGAAGGGGAUUACCUGAAACGGAAUAUCUGUUCUUUUUAGAGCUUCUUGGGGUUUUGCUUUUAUGUGUGAGGUUUACAUUUUAAGCGAGAAAAACAAGUUAUCCUGUGACUACUGCAGGUGACAAGGUGGUCUGUUGUUUACUGUACCAAAGAGCGGUUCAAACAUUCGGCUUAAUUCUGUAUUCAGCUCUGCCUUGCUGUGCGCAACUGAAUAACGCAGCAGGGCCUGUGGCUCACUUGUGCAUCUGUGGUACGGGGAUGGCACUUCCCCACUCCACACGAGGACCAGGCCCACUUACAAUCAAGGAGCAUUCAGAUAAAAUACUGCUGAGAGGCAGGGUUGUUCUUAUAUACUUUGAGAAGAGCCCUGGCUUUCGUCUAGGUUAUUUUUAAGACUUAUUUAAAAGCCCAGAAAUGUUCCGGAGUGCAUUGUUGUUUUUUAAAAGGUUUUCCUGCAGAAGAUGAGAGGGAUUUUGGAGCAGAGCAGUGACUGCCCGUUCCCCAGCACAGCUGCUGAGCUGAAUGGGACCAUGUUUUCUAGCUGGUGCUGUGAAUGUGGUCACCAGAUGUGGUCAGAUCCAGCAGAGACCACUGUUACAGACUAGUAGACCUUGGUACAACACCCUGGUGUCUUUAUCUAGACUUUAACCAUUGCUGGAAGAGGUGUGACCUGACUGGGAACUCUUCCCAAGUCAGAGCCUCAGCGUGUACCUCCAGGGCAGACUCAGGAUUGAUGCCUAGGGAGAAGUGGCUGCUUCUGGAUCUAAAGCUCAUCCCAUUGCUAGGAAGGUGUUUGUUUCUGAGAGCUGGUGACAUGAGGUAUAUAAUUUUGUGGGAAAUUAUUAUAAAAAGGCCUCAGUGAAUGAGCAUGUAGGGAGGGAAAGGGAUAACAAAGUCAAUCAAACUGGUUUCAGUCACUCACACUCAUUCUCUCCUGGAUUUUUUAUUCUUUCCCAUGAUAGCCAUUGCUGUGUGUUGCUAGGCCUUUCCGCCAGGAUGACUUUGGUGCUGUGGAGGAUGAGGAAAGCCAGGUAUUGAGUUCUUCUCCAGUUUCUUAGGUCCUCCAGACUGGUGAUGAUGAACUGGUUUCUGGAUUGAGCUUUCAUAAACUUCAGGAGCCAACAGUUUCUUGGAGCCCAGCCUCUGGCUCCUGCAGCAAACAGCACUGUCCUCAGUGUUUACCCAUAUGAUGGCUCUCCAUCAUGUCUUUGGCCAGCAUGGAGACCUUUCUUCUCACCCUCAUUCUUUUGUUUCUCCUGGAGCUUUCACACAUGUAGACAUUUCCAUUCAUGCUUCAUUCUGAUCAGUCUUUGCAUUUAUGUGUCAAAUAACUAAAACAUCACAAGGUGGUUAAAAAAAUGUAACAGACAUAGUAUCCCUUUGUUCAAUCCCAAACACCUGGGCCUGAACGUACGUCUCCGUGGCUGAGAAUUUCACUGGUAUUUUGGUUAUUUUUUCCCUCCUGUGCUGGGAAGAUGGAAUGCUGGAACAUCUGCACCCUCCUGAGAUUGCACACACGCUGUCUGAAUUUUUAAAGUGGAAACAUAAUGGUAUGGAUCUGGCAGCCUGGAUCAUGCAUCUUGUUCAGCAGAUGCCAAUAACGGCUGUAGCUGAAUAUUAGAUAUUAUUAAGAAGAAGAUGUAAAAUAAGACUGUGAAAUAGCAUAUGUUGGCUGGUAGCAAAUGUCUUCCUGAUGCUUGGAAGCACGAGAUUCGUCAUGGGAGUUACACGCUAUUGCAGCAUUGCUGCCAGCUCAGUGUACGCAUUUCAGAACAGAAGGAUUUUGGGAACCUUCAUGAGAGAGACAAAAAACAUCCCAGCAUCUUUGCUGGCUUUCACCACCACCACCAACACACUUGAGUAGUAAAGGUUGACAUAUAUACUUCUAGUCAAGAGCACAUACCUAUCGUAGCUCAGAUUUACUGGCCAGAGAUUUGCUGCACAGUAAGGUCAGGAUCACUGCAGUGGUUGAAGCCACGAAUGCUCCCUGCAGUUUGGUACUUGGUCAGGAAAUUUAGAAGGAUGAAGCGAAUGAACAGGCCGCAUUUUUUUCAUGGUGCUGGCACCUGAGUUGGCUUCACCUGGCCUAUGAGGGGCCUGGUGGCUGUAGUGCCCAAGCCCGGCUCAUGACUUUCCAGGGGAUGGCAAAAAGCCUUCCAUGGGCGCUGGUGCUGCAGGACCUGCCCCCCAAACCUGUCUGCUAAAAUCUUGCUGGCGUUGCAAUGGGAAUGCCUCCCUAGUGCCCUCCCUCCAUCUCCCUGGGGUCGUCCCCACAAGAAGGGACGGGCAAGCAGCAUCACUCGUGGUGGGCAGCCCCUGUGGAGGCCCUGUAGGUGCCACAGGACCAGCACAGGUCAGCGCUGCGGCACCCCACCUGCAGCACUUCCUUCUGGGGGUGGAGGCAGGUGGAGAGGGAUCUGCCUGUGCCUGGAGAGGAGGAAACCUGGCUCCUGGGAGGUGGAUCCCAAACCCACAGCACAACAUAACAGAAGGGAAUGACACAGUCAGAAGAGAGGAAAAGUCUGCUCCUCCGUGCCUGAGACACUGCAGAGGUAAGAAAGCUUCACUCAAAAAACAAAGUCUAAUCGAGCCUUGGCUUAGAAGUGGGGGAGUAUCUGCUCAUUCCUAUGUCAUGUGCGUAAGCUCUCUGACUUUACUGACAAAAUUCCCAGCUGAUCUCUUGGGCAUCAUUUCAUACUGUGUGCCCAUCACUGCCUCGCAGCCCUCCAGUGUGGGGUCACAGCAUCCUUCUGCCGGGUCCCAGCAGCAGUUUCACUGCGCUCUCGGUAGCUUCCAGCUCUCUCGCUAUUUUCCCCACCAGCAGCAGCUUUGUCACUGAGGUUCUUUUGUCUCAUGUAAUUGGUAUUUAGUAUUUUCAGUGGGAUUUACAAGUGGCGAGAAACCCGUAACUCCCAGAAGAGACGUGAUAGACACUAGCUGCUCCAUCAGGGCAAACGGGGCUGCAAAUAUUUGGGAUGAGCAAACCAUGGGUUCAAUAGGAACCGUUAGGAGAUUUACUGAAGCGUUGCAUCUAAAUCUCUGUCUUUUGGACAUAAAUGCUAGACCAGAGCAUUCAGUGCCAGAGAGUUACCUGAACAGUGACUUCUUGUCUGCUUAUGGAUGAAUGAAUUUUGCUCCUGCUGCCCCCAUACUCUGGAGAUAGGGAGACGCAGAUGCCGGCACAGAUUUCUGGUGUUAUUUGAGAUGCUAUAGCAGGUAUCCCACCUGCUCACCCGCUGCUAUUUGAGAGCAGUGUGGACGCCGUAUAGGUGUUUUCCUCUAUCCUGAGGCUUCUGGGGGUGUCUUGGCUACUGUGGGGUGUCAGAGAUCGCAUUUCACCCUUCUGCUUGAGCACCUGAGCCUCACCAGCGGUCCUGCACAGCAAUGCCAGAAAUUGGGGUUUCCUCCCCUUUUCUGGAAAAGAUGCAGCGCUUCCCAGAAUGGUGGCACGUGGCCCAGAGCAGCUGAAAGCCAGUGAAAUGCUCCAGCACCUCUCAGCAAAACUUAGCAGAGUAUCCCAGCAUCAGGAUGUGGGGGGCAAGAGCCCAGGGCUUGACCCUUGUCCCAGGCAUGCCCCAGCCUGGCCUGCCAGCCCCUUGGACUGUGCCCAUCACAGGCUUCGGAGGACAGUGGCUGUUUAACCAGACACAGGUGUGAUGUGGUAGCUUAGGGCAGAAUGUGUUUGCAGGUCCCUAAUCGUAAAGGAACAGAAAAGGAGAAACACAGAUCCCCAGAUUUUGUUAUUGCAAAGCCCUUCGUGAUUCAGCCACACAGUAAAGCUUUACCUCUUCUCGUGGGCUCUUCCAGGCACCUUGUUUGGUUGCUCUUGAGGCAGUUCCACUUGGAAAUGGUCCCUAGCUGGAGGCCAGCAUGGUCAGCUGGUGGCACCGUGUGCUGCUGGCAGCUCUUGCUGCCUCCGAGGACACUGCUGAGAGAGGGUUGUAAGCAAGACCCUACACAUCCUCUUGGAUGCUGGACUGUAAUGAUCUGUAACAACAAGGUCAGUGCUCGUGACCUGACCGACUAAUCUGCCAUUAGCCAUUAAUGACAUCCUUAUAGCUGUACCUCGGUAUAAUGCUUUUAAGGUAUCCAGCCUGGGAGUAUUGUAACUCUGCACUUUCCGUGUUCAUGCUGCCCUCUAUCUCAGCUGGGGUUUUGUAUCUUUCGUUAGGUGCUCUCGGUCAUUAAUUCCCUCAAGCUUUCACCGUACUGCAGCCUCCCCCAUCACUGCUGGGUGGCCGUGAAUGCUGCCUGGGCCAAGUUCAGCACUCCCGAAGGGAGAUAAUCAGAGGAGAGGAUGUCCCUCAGAGGAGAGGCCCCCACCCCAGUGCCUGAGCUUGCACUCAGCAGGAAAUCUUGUGGGUUAAAGCAAGCAGCACGCUUAAUCCCUGCCCUGGGAUUAAGAUGAGUUUUUCUGACCAGGAAAAGUGGCUGCUAUCAGGUCAAGGGAUCUGGCACCAGAAACCAGAAACACCGGUGGGGGAAGCCAGCCCUCCCCUGUUGCAAUCCAGAACUCACGGCUGUGUUUCCUGCUGACCUGAGAGGAUGGGGAUUAGCGCGGCGGGGUGUGAGGCAGAGGAUCAGGUUUGCAGUGGGAAGCACUACGCUGUCAAGGUGCAGGCUGGGUGAGGAGGAGGUUGGUGCUUGCCUCUCACUAGCCAUGCCUUCCCAGGGCAGCCGGGGCUAGGGGAGCAGGCUGGGCCACCCUGCUCCUCGGCACGGCUCUUGCUACCCACUGGCUCUGCCUCAGUGGGCGCUCCCAUAAGGCUGAGCAAUUACAGGGUGAGACAUCUCUACCACCCACUCAGCCCCAGCUUCCACGGGGUAGCAAUUUCUGCCUCCAACAGGGGCAACACGCUGCCGGUCAUGUCAUGUCUUGGCUCUUGGAGAUGCCUCUGCAUUUCACUCAUCUCCGGGGUGGGGAAAUGGUCACACAUAUUCUUGUGUUAGGGGUCUCCAGUCUUCCCUAAGGCAGUCCCUGGACUUUCCAUGAAAACAGCCAGUGCAAUGCAAUGUUUGAUAUCUGUCAGUUCAACUAACUUGCCUUCUGAUGUUUCUAUGUAUUUUUCACCAAAAAACACUAUGGGAAGGGACGUGUCCUAAUAGCUGCCUGAAACUAACACACGUGUGAGCACAUCUGAAUGUUUCCACUCCAGCGCGGGAGGAUGCUUUGCUGGCUUAUUGCUCAGAUGGCUUUGUGGCUGUCCAGAGGUUUCACAGCUAAAUCCCAGCCUUGCCCAGCAGUGACGGCGGACCCCAGUAGGAGCUGAGAUGGCCACUGCACCAAAAGAGGCAGAAAAUGCUAUCAGCUUGGAGGAAAUCCACAUGGAGAAACAAGAACCCCCAAAAGGGCAGAAGACGUUUACAGUGGAAGAGGCUGUGGAAACCAUUGGGUUUGGGAGGUUCCACAUCAUGCUUUUCCUGAUCAUGGGCAGCACUGGGGUGGCUGAAGCCAUGGAGAUCAUGCUAAUAGCUGUUGUGUCCCCUCUCAUCCGAUGCGAGUGGCAGCUUCAAGACUGGCAGGUGGCUUUAGUGACAACGAUGGUGUUUUUUGGCUACAUGGUCUUCAGCAUAGUUCUUGGGCUCCUAGCCGACAGGUAUGGCCGCUGGAAGAUUCUGCUGCUCUCGUUUCUCUGGGCAGCCUAUUUCUCCCUGCUGACCUCGUUUGCCCCAUCCUACAUCUGGUUUGUGUUCCUGCGGGCCAUGGUAGGAGGUGGCGUGUCGGGCCACGCACAAGGGCUUAUCAUAAAAACGGAAUUUUUGCCUACCAAAUACCGAGGAUACAUGUUGCCCUUAUCUCAGGUGUUUUGGUUGGCAGGAUCCUUGUUAAUCAUUGGGCUGGCAUCGGUGGUGAACCCAACCAUUGGCUGGCGGUGGCUGAUCAGAAUUGCCUCCAUCCCUGGCAUCCUUCUCAUCCUGGUGUUCAAGUUUAUCCCGGAGUCGGCGCGGUACAACAUCUCCACGGGAAAUGUGGCGGCUGCCAUGGCCACGCUGCGGAGGAUAGCCAAGAUGAACGGGGCAGUGAUGCCUGAGGGGGUGCUGAGGGAGCCCACCAAGGAAAGGAGAGGAAGAUUCAAGGACCUCAUACACCCCAAAUACCUCAGAACCACUUUGCAGAUAUGGAUCAUAUGGUUUGGCAUAGCUUUCGCUUAUUACAGCGUCAUCUUGGCCAGCGCCGAGUUACUGGAGCGGGACGUUGUCUGUGGCUCCGUGGCACCACCGGUGCAGGACCCUGGCGAUGACUCCGAGGAGAGCCGCAGCCCCUGCCACUGCCACUUGUUCGGACCCGCUGCCUACCAGACCAUGAUCAUCAGCACAGUCGGAGAGAUCGCACUAAAUCCUUUGAACAUUCUCGGCAUCAAUUUCCUCGGAAGGCGCCUGAGCCUGUGUAUCACCAUGGGAUGUACAGCGCUAUUCUUUCUUCUCCUCAAUAUCUGCACCUCAAGCACAGGCAUGAUUGGGUUCCUCUUCAUGCUGCGGGCCUUGGUUUCAGCAAACUUCAACACCAUCUACAUUUAUACAGCAGAGGUUUAUCCAACCACAAUGCGAGCCCUGGGGAUGGGAACAAGUGGGUCAUUGUGCCGCGUUGGAGCUAUGGUGGCCCCAUUUAUAUCACAAGUUCUUAUGAAGGCUUCUUUCCUUGGGGCCCUGUGUGUCUCCGCAUCUGUGUGUGUCGUGUGUGCAAUCUCUGCCUUCACGCUGCCCAUCGAGACCAAGGGCAGGGCACUGCAGGUUUGUAUGACCACCCCAGGACCUCCUGUGUGUAUCUACCUGCUAUUUAGAAACCAGCAUUCAGCCAGCAUCCAAAACAAACUCUCCUGAGAGGGUUCGUAAUCCAAAAUAAAGGCCUGAGAGGCAAGCACAGGAGCGUGCUUUUGCAGCAGCUUAAAGCACUGUCACCCCAGUUGCCUAAAGCUCAUUUCUCAUCAAAGCACAAACCAGAAGGCCUGUCCUAGCCCCAGCUCCCUCAUGCCAGCGUGUUAGCUUCAGCUAACCCAAGCCCCUCUUUGCUUCUAUCUCCAGACCUGACGAAGUUGCUGCUUCACAGGCACAUAUUCUGUUCCGCCUGUGCUGUAGGGAGAGAGGACGGCGGAUAUAAGUAAUACCUUAAAACUACUAAAGCCCUUUCUUCAUCAAAUUCAAGUUGAAAGCCCCAGCUGCAUCAGUCUGUUACCUAAGCCCUUGUGGCUAGCGCUUCCUAAAAAGCAAUCAGCCAAAACACUAAGCACAAAGAUUAAGGGGCGGAGGGGGAGGGAAGUUUAAAUUCAGACAGCCUCCCAUGCAGAAGUCUCGUUAGUUUAAUUACAGGAGGUGGUGAGCAAUUCUGCAAUUCCUCGAUUCAGUCAUACCAGCACGGAAAUUUCUCACGUCACGCAUGCAGCAUGCCCACGGCACACUGCCUGUUAUUUUGCAGUCUUACCUGUGUCAACCAGAAGACCACGGGCUAAAUAAUCCACAUUCUUCAGCAGCCUAGAGCAAGACCGAUGUUUGACCAAAAUGCUUUAUGUGGCCUUCAGAACCAGACUUUAAAAAAAACAUACAUACAAACACACACAUAUAUACACACACUUAACUUCAUUGGGUCACAUCUUUUAAGGUUUCCCCAAGGUGCAUGGGACAAUUAAUCUUGGGGCUUUCAGAAAAGCAACAUGUUAAUCAUUGCCUGCUUCGUCAAAUGCUUGUCUUUAAAAAAUGUUUGUCUUUUAUUUCUUUUAUGCCAUUUAAAAUACCUAUAUGAUAUUCUAUAAAAGACUGGGGAAAAAAUAAUCAAAAUUUAAGUAAGGAAGCGGUCAAAGCAACUUAUUCUUCCCUUGUGGGUGAAAUUCAACCCCACGCACAGAGGCCAGAGAGCCCUUUAGGCCUUCAAAUGGUUGGAUUUACAAUAAUUACUAAGCAAAACACUUCAUUAAAACUGCUUUAGACAUAAAAGGAAAGCUUUGAUUCUGCUACAGUUGGAUUAACUUUAGCUAGCAGUGGUGGAGAUAAAUGGGAGUGUAAUGAUUCCUUAAUAGUAUCCCCCCUUUUCCUGGGGACUUAACUCAAUAGCAUUAUUAUCUUCAUUGCUACAAAUAAGAGUUAUAAGCUCCAGCUGCUGGCCUUUACACAAACAAGUCAAAAGGAUGGAAAAUUAAAAAUCUGCGGAACUGGUUGUGUACUCAGAGAAGCCACCAAUAGAUCUUAAAUUCAACUUGCUAACUCUUAUCUCGUGCUCAUUUCAGAGAUUACGUUUGUGUAGGCCGUCAUUCAGGGAUUGCUGAACGUCUUGUCCAAAGGCCUCACACAGUACAGGCAUCCAAGCCAUGCAAAAAUUUAGACACAUAAUGUAAAACCUCUUUUAACAUAGCAAUAUUUAGUUCUGUGGUUCCAGGCAAUAGAUGUGUUCCUUAAAGAUAGGUCUAAAUGAACCAGCUAAAUAAGAAGUAUAUAAGUAAAUUUUUAUGAAAUCUAGAUAACGACAUUUAAAAAGCGUAUCUGCUCUUGUUUCAGUUUAUUAUGACAGCAUCAGUCCUCUCAAAGCAGUCAUGGCGAUUGCCAAUCAGAGGAGAGACCUUUUGGACAUAUCCAAAUGCAUAUUAUUUUCCCCUGUAUCCGUUUCUGUUGGUUUUUCAUGUGCAUUUUAUUAAUUUUAUGUCUUUUUUUCUUUUCCCUUUUUAGCAAGUAAAAUGAAAAGUGAGCGUUUGAUGUUGGAUUGGGUAGGAAAGAAAAAUAAACCUUUGGAAUCUGUCAUUUCCUGUGAGCUGCAUUUGAUGUUGAUUGCUUCUCCAUACCUUUUCCAUUAUUAAAAAUUGUUACUGAAGAGCAUAAGAGCUAUGAUUUGUAUAGGCAAAUGGCAAAUUUCUCACGGACGUUCCCUUUCUUAUGAUUCAAGAAAUAGAUGCCUUCUACCUGUCCUGUGAAGUGAGAUGAAGGCUCUUUACUACUAGUGCUAUUACUAGUGACAUUACACACACACAGAAAAAAAAAAAAAAAGAAAAACUAAACCAAAAAACUAAAAAGGGAAACAGCCACCAUUCAGUGGACUGAUGCAAAGGGGGGAAAAUACAUAAAGUAGAUACAGUUUUUGCCACAGCAGCUUGAAAAAAUAUAGUACUUCCCUUUAAAGACAAUUUCUGAAGAUUCUUAGACAUUCAAGACCACAAAAUGAAAGCUGAGUCAGAUUUUUCCAGUGGAUUAUUUAAACAGAGACAUUUUCAAACAGUUUACAGCAGACAGAUAAGUAACUGGACUGCAGGAGUACAUCUACUCUCCUCUCCCCAGAAUUUUCCACUGGGAGAACACCUUGAGCGUGAAGCUGUGUAGGUGUCUUAACUUCAGCUUGAAAUGCACUAAGCCUCCUAAUAAAUCUGUGCUCACAACUUACGGUUCAGUGAAACACGCAGCAUCUUCCUCUGGAAGCACCGUUAAAUUUGGUGGCAGUGUCUCUAGGUGACAGGGUACUUAAGACUCCUAGGCACUGUUAGAUCUUUAAGACUUCAAAUGUUGCAAUGGCAGUGCCUCUUAUUUCUUAAGCCUGUGCUACUGUAGUGCGCACUGAUCACGCCUGUUUUGUUAGAAUGAUUUCCCCUCACCAUCCUGUUGGGCUCCUUCACCUCUCUUCCUUUUUUUUCCUGGGCGUCUGGGAUGGUAAAACUCCUGCUACAGGCAACUCUCUUCAGGCAGUAAGAGCUUUACACAAAAAAACAACAAACCCAAAAUAAAGCAAACACACUCCCAAAAAAUAAGGAAGGGAAAAGGGAAAAAUAAAUGGUUACUCUGGGCAGCUUAAAAAUUAACCACGUGAUCAUGGCAGUAUCUCAUCUGGUGAGAAGCAAAAAAAAGGGCCUUUUUCUGCAUGCAUAUGUACACAGCAAGGAGGCACAAGCAGCACUUGUGUCUCGUCUCUUCAAUGAUCUCUCCACAGCACCACAUCAGUGCUACACAGCAAGUCAAAAGCAGGCUUGCGUACGCUCAGAUGUCUUCACAAUUCCACCUGCAAAAUUCUGGCACAAUCGGAGCUCAAUUAAUCCAAAAGACUGCCUGCUCUCCUGAAAACUCAGUUUUCAUUUAAGACGUCAUAAAUGAAGAGUAUAAACUAAUCGUUGGAGCAACCAUAAACAAGUACUUCUCUACCUCUUCAAGCUCUGAGGGCAGAAAACAACCAUCUAUAUUGUUGUCAGUGCUUCUGGAAAGUAGCAGAACAAGAAGAGGUAAUUCUUCCUCACCUUCUGGUGAUUUUAACAGGGAAGGUUUGAAGUGUUUUUUUCUUUGCCUCUUCAAACUUGUGUACUUCCAAGUGAAUAAUGAUGCUGGUUGCAUUCUGACAACAUAUUUAGAAAUUUCGAAAAAUAACAAGGGCCUGUGGACAGAAAGGAUGCUUUUUUCCCCCCUCUCUAAACAUACACAAAGACUGACUGACAGUUGCAAGCAAACAUCUUUCCCUUUGAGACUUUGACAUCGACUCCAUUAAACAGAGGCACAU